CCGUUUUACUGGACGAAAUGGAGGAACAUUUUGACGAGAGGGACAAAGUUCAGCGUAACGGCCGGAGCAUCAUUCGAGCGAACGGGCUGAUGAGUCCCACUCACAGCGCCCACUGCAGCCUGUACCGGACGCGCACCCUCAAGACUCUGAGCUCGGAGAAGAAGGCGAAAAAAGUGCGUUUUUACCGCAAUGGUGACCGGUACUUUAACGGUAUCGCGUAUGCCAUCUCAUUGGACCGAAUUAGAACCUUUGACGCCCUGCUGGCUGACCUGACACGUACUCUUUCUGACAACGUCAACCUGCCUCAAGGGGUCCGAAUCAUCUACGCAAUGGACGGUUCCAGGAAAAUCACCAGUAUAGAUCAGCUGGUGGAAGGUGAGAGUUAUGUGUGUGGCUCCACCGAAGCCUUUAAGAAACUCGACUACACCAACAACAUCAACCCUAACUGGUCAGUGAAUGUGAGGGCCCUGGGCUCCAGCCCCACCUCUCUGGCCAGCUACAAAACAGGGCCACAGUCCAAAGAGGGCAAGGACUUCAUCAGGCCCAAACUGGUCACCGUCAUCCGCAGCGGAAUGAAGCCUCGGAAGGCGGUGCGCAUCCUGCUCAACAAGAAGACUGCCCACUCCUAUGAGCAAGUUCUCACUGACAUUACAGAUGCUAUAAAGCUUGAUUCUGGGGUUGUCAAGAGGAUCUACACCCUUGAGGGAAAACAGGUCAUGUGCCUUCAAGAUUUCUUUGGUGAAGAUGACACCUUCAUUGCAUGUGGCCCAGAGAAGUUCCGCUAUCAGGAUGACUUCUUGUUGGAUGAGAAUGAGUGCAGAGUGGUGAAAUCAAACACUCAUGUGAAGAUGGGGUCUGGAAACAGAAGCUCUUCCAGAAGUAUUGCCCUUUUCCGCCACAGCAAGUCUCCAUCUGGAUCAGUAAAUGGGACUCCAGCCAGUCAGUUGUCUGCACCCCAUUCCACAAAGUCACCCAGCCCGUCGCCCACCAGCCCAGGGAGCAUGAAGAAACGCAGGGGAUCCCAGCACAGUGGUUCAUCUCUCUCGCUGGCCUCUACCAAAGUCUGCACUAUUGAUGAGGAGGAUGGGCCCGUGAGUGAUGCCGAACCUGUGGAGGAGACGGUGAUACCAACAGUUCCAAGCUCCAUUUCAGAUCGGUACAAAGUUUGUAGAAUGAUUGGAGACGGGAACUUUGCAGUAGUCCAUGAGUGUGUGGAGCACUCCACUGGCAGAGCAUAUGCCUUGAAGAUCAUCAACAAAAGCAAAUGCAGGGGGAAGGAACAUAUGAUACAGAAUGAGGUGGCUAUCCUAAGAAGAGUGAAACACCCAAACAUUGUGCUGUUAAUUGAGGAGAUGGACACCUACAGUGAACUUUACCUGGUCAUGGAGCUUGUCAAGGGAGGAGAUCUAUUUGAUGCCAUCACCUCCGCCAACAGAUACACUGAGCGUGAUGCCAGUGGCAUGCUGUACAACCUGGCCAAUGCUAUCAAAUAUUUACACAGCCUUAACAUCGUCCAUCGAGACAUUAAACCAGAGAACCUUUUGGUGUAUGAACAUCAGGAUGGAAGCAAAUCCCUGAAAUUGGGUGACUUUGGCUUAGCCACCAUGGUAGAUGGACCCCUGUACACUGUCUGUGGAACACCCACAUAUGUAGCACCUGAAAUUAUUGCUGAGACCGGGUAUGGCCUUAAGGUUGACAUCUGGGCUGCUGGAGUCAUCACAUAUAUUCUCCUUUGUGGAUUUCCUCCAUUUCGAGGGAGCAUUGAAGACCAGGAAGCUCUUUUUGACCAGAUUCUGCUGGGCCAGUUAGACUUCCCUCUGCCAUACUGGGAUAAUGUUUCGGAUUCUGCCAAAGAGCUGAUAGUGUCUAUGCUGCAAGUGGAAGUGGAUCAGAGAUACACAGCACUGCAGGUUUUAGAUCAUCCUUGGGUUACUAAUGAUGGUCUUUCAGAAAAUGAGCACCAGCUGUUAGUGGCAGGAAAGAUAAAGAAGCACUUUAAUACUGGACCCAAGCCCAGCAACAACACUCCAGGAGUGUCUGUCAUGACGACCACCGCUCUUGAUAAGGAGAGGCAAGUUUUCAGACGAGGACGCCACCAGAAUGUGAGCGCAGCUCCCUGGAUCACCCAGCCAACCUGUAGCCUCCACAUCCCAGCCUUUACAUCCCAUCUGUGCCCCGAUCUGCCCCAGCCACCCACUGGGUUUCCCACUCCAGCCCUCACCCCCGAUCCAUGCCCCUCCACCACCACCACCGAGCCUGAAGACCUUUCCACCUGCUCCGCAGAGACCGUUCGCUCCCUUUACUCUCCUUUCUAGAAAGGGAAGGGGGCAAGUGGAAAGGGCAUUACAUGAGGAGAAGGUUUAUGAGGAUUCGGAACGUGGCUGAGUGGACUGAUGAACAAAAUCAUUUUGUAAAUGGGAUCACACAAAGGUGCAGGGAAAAUGAUGACCGGAUGUCAGGAAAGGGGAUUCUUAUUUAUGGUCAUUAUAACUUUUUAAUUUAUUUAUACAUGAUGGAUACAUUUUUCUUUUUUAUUCAAGUUAAAUAUCCUGUUUCUGUUGAAGCACUUUAAAAUGUACUUUUCUGGGUCCAGUAUUCUGCUGCACAAUGGAAAACCACUGUAAAAACACAAACACAUACACAGAACCUGAAUGAACCUCACGCUAACCGUAACCCCAACUAUCUCUAAAUUUUCUCUGAAUCUGAAUAUAUCACAGGACAGAUUCUAAGUUAAAAUAUACUCUCUUGCUAAUAAAGCACCAUAGAAAUGCAAGAUUUAGAUUUAAUUUAAUUAAAAUGUCUUUUUUUAUAUUACUCCUGAUAAUAUAAACUGGUAGAAUUGUUAAGAGAUGAAGAAAGAUUACGUUUAAAGUUUUGAUAUUUUAAAGGUGUUUUAGGGAAAUGGUUAGGAAUAAACAUGUGGCAGUUACAGUAUAUGAAGAUUGUAUACAUUUAAAAAUAUAUAUUUUUAGCCCUUACCAAACCUAACUCUAACCCUAAACUAGCACUAACCCUAAUCUAACAAUUUCUCUGAAUCUGAGCAAAAACUGUCAGCCACAGGACAGAUUACAGUAUAAAUGACCCAUGUUUGGUUAUAACAAAAUUUUGACUAAAUGUGUAGCUACUGCAUUUUGCCUUUGCACUGCAGUAUUGUUUUAAGGUUCCAGACAGUUAUUGGCACCCUGCAUCCCUGACUAGUGUUCCCCAAACUUUUCUAAGCAGACUGAAAACACUUGACCCAGCUCGAUACCUCUUCAGAGAUAAACCUAUAUCUGGAAAUACCUUCCCAAUGUGGUCACAGUACUGGACACAGAACUUGUUCAUACAUGAGAUAGGGACCUUUUUUGUAAUUAGUGUAAAUAAUAUAAUUUCAAUUAUUUUGAUAUCGACAAUAUAUUUCUUUAUCUUAACUAGACAAUGUAACAGUCAUAUUUAACCAUUCUACAGUUUUUAUGUAUAACGAACAUAAGCACAAAUGCAUUGUGGGUAAGAUAUACGUAACAUUCCUUAAUACAGGGUCAGCGCUUGAAAAUACAAAUGCCAUCUUGGAUUUCACAGCAAACCGUUCAAUACCAUUAAAUCCAUUUCAUUAAUGAAGGACACCUGUUCAGUGGUACAGCUUUGUAAUGAGAUCAACUGUUGGAGAUGUGGUAUUAGUUGCAGGAAGCCAGAUUAGGUUUGAGUGUCUUUGGUAUAGUGCAGUUAGAGGUGUAUUAGUACCUCACAGCCCUGCUUACUGUCAUUGUAUUCUCUCAUUAGUGCAUGGAAUACAGUGUGGCUCUGAACGUAUUAUAAAUGGAGACAUUUUCUUAUUAAAAAAUACAUAUUACAACCUGAAUGUGUUGUCGUAAACUUGGCCAACUUACCAAAGCAAUCCAUUGGUUUUAUUUCACUUUUCAAAUCUCACCUUGUCCAGGAUCCCCCAGUAUCACUCAAUUCAAAAACUGCCUGCACCUAUCGACUAGGUUUGGUGGAUUUCACAUCUUCCAGUUGGGAUUCAAUACAUGGGAUACAUCAACUCAAGUAUAAUAAGAACAUUUUCUCCUAUAGAAAUCAAAAGUUAUUAACAAUAGCC